AAUCGGGAUUCAGUUGGGAAGAGACCGAGAGACGGUAAAGACGAUCCCGUUGACUAGAGGCCCCAAGGCACAGCCCCCGGAAGAAAAGCCGCCUCCGACGCCCCCCGAGCCCACGCCCGGAUUCCCUUCGCCGGACCCGAGACGAGAGAGAGCCCCGCCGCCCGACGUGACGACCAUCAGCCGCAUUCUCGAGCGUUCUAGACUCGGCAUACAAGAUGGCCACCGUAGGCUAACAGUUCCACGAGGCCUUCGCUCACUCCGCACCGCCGUUAUCAAAACAAGCUUUUUCUGUCUAACGCAAUCAUUUUCUCCCUGGACUCUUUUCCGAGUAGAAGUGAUAAUUUUUUGAUAUUAGAAAAAGUGUGAAAAGUGUUAGUGCGAGCGAACUAUUAUGAAAGAGUAUGGAGCCGAUGUCGAACCAGGUGUAGGUGGAGAUGGCCAAAAGCGGAGUGAGUCUCACAGCUCCGAGACCGAUAGGUCAGCGAGCGGCAAACGAAUACAUUGAGACACCACUUCCGAGGCUACACCAGCCCCAUCCGACGCAGAGGCUACGCCAGCAACACCUACCAUUGCAAGAGGAAGGAGGAGAAGGGAGGCAUUCUAGACACCACCUUCCGGAUAAUAACAAUAAGAAAGAUGUACUCGUACCAGUGCACAGGACUCAACCUUCGAAACCGGCGCCACCGUUGCUCCAGCAGGACAAUUCGAUCAUUUGUUCGGAGUGCGGGAGGUGCAGGUGCGAAUCGUGUCGGAAUCCAGCAGAACCGCCAUCUGCAUGGCUCUGCCGGGAUUUAUGCUACUGUUCGCCGGAAUCCUGCGUGGAUUAUGCCUCGUGCCUUUGCUGCGUCAAGGGCAUCAUGUACCACUGUUCGACGGAAGGGCAGGCCUACUCGAGAGACCCGUGUUCCUGUUCGAGCGCGGGUUGGCUCCCGAGGUGGGCCUGUUUAGGUUUUACGGCGUUAUUUUUCCCAUGCCUUUGUUGUUAUUGCCCUUUAAAAGCGUGUUCGGACUCGUGUACGUCCGCGUAUGUCGCUUGUUCCCGCCGGGGGUGUUCCUGUGACGCGGCCUAAGAGCAGUCACACUCCCCCGAAGAACAAAAAAUCAUCAACAAACGACAAAGUUUCCCCCCUCGCCACCCCUUCCUCAAAACCUUUACGGAACAAAACAGUAUUAUCUAGUCGCUCCUCCCCUCUCAAGACGUAAGAAAAGGGAAGAAGAAACAACUUGUACAUAAUGCAUAUAAUUUAUUUAACAUGCAUUUAAUUUUUAUAUAUAUAUAUAUACUUGAGAAAAAAUAAAAAAAAUAAACCUUAUAAAUAAAUUCUUACCCAAUCUUUAUAUACAUAUGCGUAUAGAACGGCAAAACAUCACAAGAAUUUGAGGCGUCUUUUAACUCAUUCUAAUGUCAAUCUAAUUUAUUUUGCAA